CUUGGCAUCUUUCCUGUAGCUGAAUCUAUGUUCAGCUGGUCUGAUCCUCGUACCAUGUUUGAUUUAGAACGUGGCCAUUCUGUAAGGCUUGCUUGGCGGGCUGGAGCGUCCUCCACGUCUCCAUGCAACGGCAACCGCACAGUCCUCCGGGCCGGGCCGACUCCAUCUAUCGGCGGCGGUCGGCGUCGGCACCACCGUGGCCGACGGAGCCUUCCAUCUGGCCCCGGCCGCUUAACCCAGCUGCGCCACAUGUCCCGCCCCCGCACCGCCUGCGAGAUCGCCGUAGUGGAUUCGUGCCAACGCACCGGUCAGCAGAAGCAGCGUGCCAACACAACACCGGUGAGGCGGUGGCCGCUGAUCAGCGGCUACGUAUAGAUAGCCAUGGCAGGCACGCAGCUCGUUGCGGCACCGGCACCCCGACCAGCUGAUCGAUCGAUCAACAAUGGAGGCCGCCGUCGCGUACCUCCUCCUGCUCCCGCUCGCCACCUGCGCCGUGCUCCUCCCCCUCCUCCUCCUGCUGCUCCCGGCCUUUCGGCCGUCCAAGGCCAGCCGCCUCCCGCUGCCGCCGUCCCCGCCGGCCGUCCCGGUGCUUGGCCCGCUGCUCUGGCUCUGGCGCGCGCGCUCCCGCCUCGAGCCGGCCAUCCGCGACCUGCACCGCCGCCACGGGCCCGUGCUCACCCUCGGCUUCCUCUCCCCGCGCCCCGCCGUCUUCGUCUCCGGCCGCCGCGUCGCCCACCGCGCCCUCGUCCAGCACGGGCACACCUUCGCCAGCCGCCCGCCCGCCAUCGCGCCCUUCGUCGUCCUCACUUCCGCCCAGCGCACCGUCAGCUCCGCGCCCUACGGCCCGCUCUGGCGCUCCCUCAGGCGGAACCUCACCUCCGGCGUCCUCCACCCCUCCCGCGUCGCCCGCCUCUUCGCGCCCGCACGGCGCUGGGCGCUCGCGCUCCUCGCCUCCGACCUCGAGAACGAGUCGUCCCGGAGCGAGGGCGGCGUGGUGACCGUUGUCGAGUGCCUCCAGUUCUCCAUGUUCUCGCUGCUCACGUACAUGUGCUUCGGGAGCAGACUGCCGGCCGGACGCGUCCGGCAGAUCGAGGCCGUGCAGAGAGAGCUAUUCUCCUCCUACAUCGGCUUCCAGGUCUUCGCCUUCUGCCCGGCGCUCACCACGAGGCUGUUCCGGCGGCGGUGGAGGAAGGUGAUGUCCAUCCGCAGUAAGCAGGAGGACCUGUUCAUGCCACUAAUCGCAGCAAGAAGAGAACGGAGCCUGCUGACGGCUGACGGUGGCGACGGCACCUUGGCGUACUGCUACGUCGACACGCUCCUCGCGCACCGGCUCCCCAAGGAGGAAGAGGAUGGCGGCGAGCGCGCGCUCUCUGAGGCUGAGAUGGUGAGCCUCUGCACGGAGUUCCUCACGGCCAGCGUCGACACCACGGUGACCGCGCUGCAGUGGAUCAUGGCGAACCUGGUCCGGCAGCCGGAGAUCCAGGCGAGGCUCCGGGAUGAGAUCGACGCGGCGAUCACCAACGACCACCAGGACGCCGUCGCGGAGGAGGACCUGUCGAGCAUGCGCUACCUGAAGGCGGUGGUCCUGGAGGGGCUGCGGCGGCACCCGCCGGCGCACUUCCUGCUGUCGCACGCGGCUCCGACGGAGGCGUCGCUGGACGGGCUACGCGUGCCGGCGGCCACGUCGGUGAACUUCUCGGUGGCGGACGUGUCACUGGACGAGGAGGUGUGGAGCCGGCCAGAGGAGUUCAGGCCGGAGCGGUUCCUGGACGGCGGGGAGGGCGCCGGGGUGGACCUGACGGGGAACCGUGAGAUCAGGAUGAUGCCGUUCGGGGCCGGCCGGAGGAUCUGCCCCGGCCUCGGGCUGGCGAUGCUGCACCUGGAGUUCUUCGUGGCCAACCUGGUGAGGCGGUUCGAGUGGUCUGCGGCGGAGGAUGGCGGCGGCGUCGACCUCGCCGAGAGGCCGGAGUUCACGGUGACCAUGGAGCAGCCGCUGCGCGCGCGCGUGGCGCCCAGACGCCCCCGGCUAGUUCGGCCAGUCUGAAUGUGUGCGAUGGUUACACGUAUGGGUAGGGUGCACAUACGUUGGAACCUGAAACUAGUACUACUGCAAUAUAACACGUUGGCCUACAGACGUAUCAAAUAAAGUAGAAUUUAAAAUUAAUCAAAAAGCUGGAAUAGCUCAGUUGGCUAGAGCGUGUGGCUGUUAACCACAAGGUCGGAGGUUCAAGCCCUCCUUCUAGCGUAUUUUUAUUUUUUUGGUACUGUAAUUUUUUUUAUAGAUA